AUGACCAACGAUCUUCGUGAGCUCGAGAAGCAGGAGAGAAAUCUCCGGAAGACAUUGGAAGCGAUGCAGUAUUUCAUUCAACAUUAUACUGCUGACCAAGUCGAUCAAGUUUCGGUCCGUGCGCAGAGAUUGGAGCAAGUCUUUCAGGAAUUUCAUACUGUCCGUCGUAAAAUAGAGCUAUUAACCGAUGAAGUUUUCCCCGAUGAACCAUGCGACCAAAAGGAAUCCCAAGAGCAACGUAUGGCUCGUAUUUCUGUUUUAAAGGAAGAAAGAGAUGAUGCAAAUGUUAGAAUCAUCAUGAAGGUGGAGAUGAUCUACUAUAAUCUUAAAGCUGCACUUUCACGAUUGUCGAUAAAACCCGUUGAUGCCAUGCCAGCUGCCCAGCCUGUGUUACAACCUGUCCAAGCUAGUGUUUCGAAAGUGAAGCUGCCUGAAAUACGAUUACCGAGCUUUAGUGGACAGCUUAAGGAAUGGGUCACCUUCCGGGACACUUUCUGUAGCCUGAUACAUAAAAACCAACAAUUAUCAGCUAUGGAUAAGUUCACGUAUCUGAAAUCGUCGCUGAAUGGAGAGGCUCUGCAGGAAAUCAAUUCUGUUGAGAUGACCGAAGCGAACUAUGAUGUGGCCUGGAUUACACUGGAGCAGAAAUAUGAGAACAAGAAAUUAAUAGUGAAGGCUCAUUUGGAGUCGCUAUUUUCAGUAGAAGCGAUGAAGAAGGAGAGUUACGAGUCACUAAGUAAACUAAUCAGUGAUUUCGAGAAAAAUCUAUUGAUGCUGGAUAAGAUUGGAGAAACUACAGCGAAUUGGAGUACCAUACUUGUACACAUGGUCUGCUCACGAUUAGAUCCGACCACUCUCAGACAUUGGGAAUCCAACCAUAACUCAAAGACGGUUCCCACGUAUACGAAUUUGAUUAAAUUUUUACGCGAACACUGUUCGGUACUGCAGUCAGUCACGACGAAUAAACCAACUAUAGUUCAAGAAAAGCGUCCAAGGUUUGGUGUGAGUAACGCUGCAGUUGAAUCAGGGACUAAGUGCAUAUUUUGUGGAGGAGCAUUUCAUUCUGCAUUCCGUUGCUUCAAGUUCCUGAAGAUGAAGGUUUCUGAACGGUUUGAUGUGGUGCGGCGGAAUAAAUUAUGCCUCAAUUGUCUGACUGCAGGCCACCAAGCGAAAUCGUGUCAAAAGGGCCGCUGUCACCAUUGUCAGCAGAAACAUCAUUCCCUGUUGCACACAGAAUCAAGUCACCAGUCAUUGCCCUCUGAUAAAUCCUCCGUCCCGCCGCAGAAAAGACCUCUGACCCAGCAGCAACACCAGACACAAUACAAUCAAAGUCAACAUACACAUCAGACCACACCACCCUCAACAAGUGCUCUCCCAGUCACUCACAUGCCAAACACCCAACCAUUCACCACUUCUAACCACAAUAGCGUUUCAUUAUCAGUUGGAACUAUAGAUAAUACUGGUGAUGUUCUUCUAUCCACAGCCAUAGUCUGUGUUAAAGACCAGUAUGGAGCGACACGACUAGCCAGAGCUUUGUUAGACUCGUGCUCGCAAUUUUGCUUUAUGACCACUGAGUUUUGUCAGAAACUGAAACUACGUGGAUGUUGCGAUUACCUUGCUGUUCAAGGAAUCGGAUGUUCAAAAUCUGUAGCCCGUAAAAGGGUAAACGCUCAAAUUCUUCCCCGGCUCAGCGAAAUCUCCUCAUUUAGUGAAGACAUGUCAUUCUAUGUGCUACCGGAAUUGACAACCACUCUGCCAGCUCGAAAGGCAUCUCUCGGCCAAUGGAAACCACCGUCCGACAUUGUACUUGCCGACCCACAACUCUGUGAGCCUGGGCAGAUUGAUAUUAUAAUUGGUGCAGAAUAUUUUUACGACCUUCUAGCCAACGGGCGCAGCAAAAUCUUCAAGGAGGGUCCAACCUUGCAAAAUACGGUAUUCGGGUGGAUAGUCUCUGGACGCAUUCCAACCCGGCCAGCAUAUCCAUCACAAGCAGUGUCAUUUCCGUGCACAUUAGCAGGCAUCCAUAAUCAGUUGACACGAUUUUGGGAACUGGAGUCGUGCAAGUCGAGCAGUAUUCAGUCAGUGGAGGAAUCAACGUGUGAAACCAUUUUCAACGAAACAACAACACGGGGUGGCAAUGGAAAAUUUAUAGUGUCCUUACCAAAGAAAGAGUUUGUUAUGCAGCAGCUUGGAGAAUGUGAAACGAUUGCCACCAAACGCUUUCUAGCCUUGGAACGACGACUAGAAGCUAACCCCGAUCUGAAGACCCAAUAUCAUCAGUUUAUUCAUGAAUAUGAACAGCUGGGUCACAUGCAUCUCGUUAAUGACCCAGAAUUUCCGUUAUACUUUCUUCCGCAUCACGCAGUUUUAAAACCAGAUAGUGUAGGGAACAUGCCCGGCUAA